CCAUGAAGCGCGUCAGCCCACAGGGCAGUGACACAAGAAAGAAGGGGAAGGAGUGCAUUCCGACCAUUGUCACUCAUUUUCAUUGAAUCCUUUCUCUGCUCUCGCACCUCCCGAAAACUGCCUCUCAGUGAAGGAGGAUUGGAACGGGUGCGCAUUCAUUCUGAGAAAGAGAGGGUAUCGUUGUCAUGGGUAGCAACGUGGCGUGACCUUCAUGCCGAGAAUAAUUUUCCAAGAAGUGCAUUAGUUGGGGUAGAGCCCUCCAAUCGUUGUACUUCCGUGACCUUUGAUUUAUCACGACGAUUUUCAAGCGAUUCUUGGGCGCUGAUCUACUGCAACAUGGAAGCGAUCCAGUUUUGGUGGGCAUUGAAGGUUAAACGAUGCUAGAUAAAAUGCAGGCGGGGGUCAGAGUGGCGGCCGCGCAAGAGUUGGAAAUUGCACGGCGGAAGUUCAUGACAGAGAGCAUCUUGACGAAGCGGGAGCGGGAGCGGGAGUUGAAAAGGCACCGAGAGCGCAUUCAAAAUAUGAAGCCGUGCGUUAAUUCGAAGCCCAGCCUCGUCCGCAACCUCUUCCCUGUUCGAAUAAAUCGCGCACCUGUCAGAUCGAGGAUUAAUAAAGAGAAGCUUCAGCAGAUUGAGAAACAGAAUUAUCAACUUCUGAUGAAGCUCCGCUACAUCCACAAGAAUUAUUCGCUGUACAUGCCGAAGAAGCACGUAUAUCUUCUGAAAGGAGAAGCGUGCAGCUUAAGCAAACCCGGAAAGAAACCCGCGAAGUCUGGGGAAAUGGCAAAGAAUAUAGUCGAGACGUCCAGACCUUUCGAUAUGCAUUUCACGAUAGAUGAAGAGAUGGCAAGUCGAGUUGCUGCGAUGCAUUUGCGGAAAACUAAGUAGUCUUCUCAAAGAAGAUGACUUUUAACCCCUGCAAACGUUUCUGAUUGUUAGAAAACGACCUUCUAAAAGAUUCAUGCAAGGUAACAACUACAUGUGUUCUUCCAGAUGGAUUCUCCUUCAAAACAUUUAGAGCACUACACUGACAUGUUCACAGGAGAGAAGUAUAUCUUCCCAUGAAAAAAAUCCGUCCAAUAUUGAACACUAAGUUAACAUAGGAAACUAGCUCCCAAGGAAAUGGACAUUAUUAAGCUUCAGCAAAGGCUACUGAAUAUAUUAACAGAC